CUACUUGUGAGCGAAUGUUUUCAUCUUUAGGAUGGAUUUAUGGAAAUCAUAGAACUCGAUUAGAUAUAGAUCGGCUAGAAGGAUUAGCAAAAGUUUAUCGAUUCAAUUUAUCAAAUACUAUAGAGCAACUUCAUUAUACUCAAACAGAAAUAACCUCUGAAAUGAUGACCACUAUCGCAGAAACUGUUUUUAAAGAGUUUGAGGAGGAAAUAUUAAUAGAAGAGGAAGAAGCUGAGUUGCUUAAUCCUACUGAAAAUCUUUAUUCUGAUGAACCAGAUUUAAAUUUAAAUAUUUCAACUUUUAUUGAUCUUAAUUCUUCAGUUUUUACACUUUCAGAAAAUCAUUAUGAAAGUGAGGAAUUUAUUGAAGGUGAGUCUGAUGAUAAUAUUAUAGAAAAUGAAUAUGAUGUAGACGAAAUU